AAUCAAUCCUUAGGGAUCUCUUCCUUGGUAGAGUUUAUCAUGCGGGUGCCUUUCCUGGUUUAAAAAUGGUCCAACAAUUAGAAACAUUUAAAGAACCGCUGAGCAUGAAAAAAGUAGAAUCCAAAUUGAAGAUAUCUUCGUUUAAAAUUCAUAUACAACAAAUUACAACGAAAUUAAAUGUAAUUAAAAUGAAAAACUCAAUACUUAUAUGGAUUGGUGAUGCUAGCUUACCCGCGUUUAACGAUUUAUCUUUAAGUAUCCAAAAUAGGUAUGAUAAUACAAUUUUGAAGACAAGUAUUUUAGGAAAAAAUGAUGAAUCAUUAAAUUUGGCUGCUAGAUUAUGUAAAAAACUAAAUAAACAAGUAUAUGUGAGUUUAAAUGUUUUUAAUGAAAUUGGCAUGCCGAUUAUUUUAGCUGUAGAAAAAAUGUUGUAUGAAAUAAUAAAAAAUAAUCCUGAUUGUUUUUAA